UCCUCUUGUUCAGCACCCAAAGUCGAAGGAUAGCUCUGUGGCCUUUCAAUGGAAGAAAGUGCUAGAUUUAUCAGUGUUGUAUAAUAGCAUAACACAUUUUCACGUUCCAAAUACUUGCUUUGGAACGAUCGCAAUUGUCUUCACUUACUGUGAAAGACAGAACUGGCGUCCAACAUGCGUAAAAAUCAACGCUGUCCAAGCAGGGAACCACCAAGAAACGAAUUAUCGCCGCUCAACUGAGGCCAAUCUCGAUUAUUUUUGUUAACGAAGGAAUAGUAUAGCACAGCUAGCUGGCCAACAUCACCUGUGUAGGUAGCUUGGUCACCGACACAUCUUCGCAUAAAUCAGAGUCCGAUUAUCAGGAUUGGAUCUUCAGGCGCAGAGCAGCAGGAAAAUUUAUAGGCAGCAAUGGGUGCAUUCCUGGACAAGCCGAAGACUGAGAAGCAUAGUGCCCAUGGUGAAGGCAACGGGCUCCGCUAUGGCCUGAGCUCCAUGCAGGGCUGGCGGGUGGAAAUGGAGGAUGCCCACACAGCUGUAGUGGGCCUUCCCCAUGGACUCACUGAUUGGUCUUUCUUUGCUGUCUACGACGGUCAUGCUGGAUCUCGAGUGGCCAACUACUGUUCUGGGCAUCUUCUGGAACACAUCUUAUCAGGAGGGGCUGAGUUCGGUUCUGGUUCUGGCUCAGUAGAGGGUGUGAAAGACGGGAUCCGCUCGGGCUUCCUGAACAUUGAUGAGUACAUGCGCAACUUCUCCGACCUGCGGCAGGGUCUGGACCGCAGCGGAUCAACGGCCGUGUGCGUGUUGCUCAGCCCUACACACCUCUACUUCAUUAACUGCGGCGAUUCACGAGCCGUGCUAUGUCGAGACGGUAAGGUGGGCUUCUCCACCCAGGACCACAAGCCCUGCAACCCCCGUGAAAAGGAGCGCAUCCAGAAUGCUGGUGGUUCAGUCAUGAUCCAAAGGGUAAACGGCUCCCUGGCUGUGUCACGGGCCCUCGGGGACUAUGACUACAAAUGUGUGGAUGGUAAGGGCCCCACAGAGCAAUUAGUGAGUCCUGAGCCUGAGGUUUGUGUGUUAGAGCGGGUAGCUGAAGAUGAGUUUGUGGUUCUGGCGUGUGAUGGAAUCUGGGAUGUCAUGUCCAACGAAGAGCUUUGUGAUUUUGUCCGCUCACGACUGCUGGUUUGUGACGACCUGGAGAAGAUCGGUAACUCGGUGGUGGACACUUGUCUUCAUAAGGGGAGCCGGGACAACAUGAGCGUGGUGUUGGUGUGCUUGCCUGGAGCACCCAAGAUCUCCGAGGAGGCUGUGAAGAAGGAGGAAGAGUUGGAUAAAUAUCUAGAAACUCGUGUAGAGGAGCUUCUGGGAAACUGUGGGGAGGCCGGAGUCCCUGAUCUGGUGUCUGUCCUAAGGAGCAUCGCCUCAGAGAACAUCCCAAACCUUCCACCUGGCGGAGGCCUGGCCAGCAAACGAAGCGUAAUCGAGGCGGUUUACAACAGGCUGAACCCUCACAGAGAAGAGGAAGGGAGUGCUGGUGACCUGGAUGACCCCUGGUAGCCAUGGUAACAACCCCCCCACCCCCCUUCUGGUGACCUGUGCAUCCACCCAGAGGAGGAUCGUCUCUCUAUUGCGCCAUGUCUUUCUCCACUAAAAGAGGACAUGUGGUGUGUGCUGAAAUGCGUGAGUGUGUGCAUGUUGGUCGUAUGUAUGUGUGUGUGUGUGUGUGUGUGUGUGUGUGUGUGUGUGUUCGCAGCAGCGGGACAAGACAACACCCAAAACACGCAUACUGCUUUAAACCCGGAGGAAACGCCGAAUCACUUCUCAGAAAUGUCUGAAUUUUAUGAACUGAAGCGUGAUGGUAAAGAUGAUUUUUAACUUUGAGAUUUUGUUUUUUUUCUUGAAUGUUGAACACCUGACUUCACAAUGACAUGAGGACCUAUUGAGCACGUUUCUUUGUGUGUGUGUGUGUGUGUGUGUGUGUGUGUGUGUGCGUGCGUGUGUGUGCCAGUGUGAUGAGGGCCAAGAGGACACACAUGGUGGGAAAAGACUUUGUAUGUAAUUUUUUUUUCUUCGUGCUCCUGGGUCUGAAAAUCACCUAACACCCUUGCUUCUUCCCUCUUUAAAACAAAUACACACUCUCUCUCGCUCGCUCUCUCUCUCUCUCUCUCUCUCUCUCUCUCUCUCUCUCUCUCUCUCUCUCACUCUCACACACACCCAGAUACACAAACCCAUACACUGUCGUCCCCCCCCCCCCCCCCCCCCCCCAUUUCCACUUGUGUGUGAUGUGCCACCUUCGCAGGGCACUGCAUGAGGACUUUGGUUCUACAUGUACAGCUUUGUGGUUUUCUAAUCAUUCUCAAUGGACAGCCAUUGGUUGACUGAACCUGAAGGACCUCUGGACACUGAUUGGCCCCUGCUGUGUGACAAAUGGAAAUGAUUUGGAUUUUAUUUUUGUUGAUUCUAUUAGAAUAAAAAUAAUGAUGAUGAUGAUAAUCAUGAUUGGGAAAAUGGGAGGUUGUCGCCAUAAAGCCAAGUACAGUUGGACUCAUGGCUUUUGAGGGUAAUGGGGAGGGUUUGGGGCGGGGGUGGUUAUUGUUGUAUCACUGGUUGGACUUCCUGUAUGAAGAGUGUAAGCCUCAACAUUAAUGUCACAGUUGUAGGUCCACGUGACAGCAGACUGUUGUGACAGAGGAAAAGGCUUCCUUUCUUUUCUCUCUUUUUUUAAAUGUUGUCCAUGAGGUUACUAGCUGCUCGCUACGUAGAGUGAGUGAACUCCCCGUUUUAACCCUUUUCCUGGUUCUCAGACUGCAUUGGUAAAGUUUGUAUUGCUGUUGUUUGAUUGCACUCACAUUUGAUUACAGAAAGCGUCUAUAUAUGAAAUAAAAUACCUGCCAAGGAAA